AUGAAGAACUACCAGAAGGUCUCGCCAGUGGAUGUGCAUUCGGCGAAGGAUGGCGUGGUACAAGCAGUGGGAAAGGGAGACAUCAUCAUUUCCAUGAGGACUAAACACGACGUCAAGAAAAAUGUGCUUAUUGGUGUGUGGCACAUCCCCAAGUUGACGCGCAACCUGUUCUCUGUGGGGCGUUUUACAAAAGACAUUGGCCUCGUCACAUUUGAAAGUGACGGGUGCUUUGCUAAGUCGAAAAGUGUGAAAUGGCAGCUGGGUACGCGCAAGGGAAAGGGCUUAUUCAGGUUAUGCAUGACCCCGCUCAUGCCAGAUGAGGAAAAUGUGUUAAGUUCAACCGGUUUCAAUGGGACCAACCGGCCCUACCUCUGGCAUCCUCGACUUGGCCAUGUUGGCCAUGACGGUCUAGACUUCAUUGUCAAGAAGGGCUACGGCAUCGGCAUCAAUGUCACGUCUGUGCAACGGUGGGAUAUGUGUCAAGGGUGUGCUCUUGGCAAACAAACUUGA